CUUGAUACGCCCCGCUUUCCGUUGUUCCCUCUGUCUCGCCGCAAGGCUUUCUGGGAGUGGUAGUGCCCAUGUCUGGUAGCUCCAGCGGCAGCCGUGGCGAGCGCCCAACCGCGGAACUACAGGAGGCGGUGCGCGGGUCGCGAGGCUCCUGCGCCUCGCCUUUCCCUCUCCGCCUGCGCGCCCGCCCCAGUUAUCAUGGCGGCUCCCUUGGCCCUGGUGCUGGUGGUGGCCGUGACCGUGCGGGCGGCCUUGUUCCGCUCCACUCUGGCCGAAUUUAUUUCCGAGCGGGUGGAGGUGGUGUCCCCCCUGAGCUCUUGGAAGAGAGUGGUUGAAGGCCUUUCACUGUUGGACUUGGGAGUAUCUCCGUAUUCUGGAGCAGUAUUUCAUGAAACUCCAUUAAUAAUAUACCUCUUUCAUUUCCUAAUUGACUAUGCUGAAUUGGUAUUUAUGAUAACAGAUGCACUCACUGCUAUUGCCCUGUAUUUUGCAAUCCAGGACUUCAAUAAAGUUGUGUUUAAAAAGCAGAAACUUCUUCUAGAACUAGACCAGUAUGCCCCAGAUGUGGCCGAACUUAUUCGAACCCCUACGGAGAUGCGGUACAUCCCUCUGAAAGUGGCCCUGUUCUAUCUCUUAAAUCCCUACACGGUCUUGUCUUGUGUUGCCAAGUCUACAUGCGCCAUCAACAACACCCUCAUUGCUUUCUUCAUUUUGACUACGAUAAAAGGCAGUGCCUUCCUCAGUGCUAUUUUUCUUGCCUUAGCAACAUACCAGUCUCUGUACCCACUCACCUUGUUUGUCCCAGGACUCCUGUAUCUCCUCCAGCGGCAGUACAUACCUGUGAAAGUGAAGAGCAAAGCCUUCUGGAUCUUCUCUUGGGAGUACACCAUGAUGUAUGUGGGAAGCCUAGUGGUAAUCGUUUGCCUCUCCUUCUUCCUUCUCAGCUCUUGGGAUUUCAUUCCUGCAGUCUACGGCUUCAUACUUUCUGUUCCAGAUCUCACUCCAAACAUUGGUCUUUUCUGGUACUUCUUUGCAGAGAUGUUUGAGCACUUCAGCCUCUUCUUUGUUUGCGUGUUUCAGAUCAACGUCUUCUUCUACACCAUCCCCUUAGCCAUAAAGCUAAAGGAGCACCCCAUCUUCUUCAUGUUCAUCCAGAUUGCCAUCAUCUCCAUCUUUAAGUCCUACCCAACGGUGGGGGACGUGGCCCUCUAUAUGGCCUUCUUCCCCGUGUGGAACCAUCUCUACAGAUUCCUGCGGAACAUCUUUGUCCUUGCCUGCAUCAUUAUCGUCUGCUCCCUGCUCUUCCCUGUGCUGUGGCACCUCUGGAUUUAUGCGGGAAGUGCCAACUCUAAUUUUUUUUAUGCCAUCACACUGACCUUCAACGUUGGGCAGAUCCUGCUCAUCUCUGACUACUUCUAUGCCUUCCUGCGGCGGGAGUACUACCUCACACACGGUCUUUAUUUGACGGCCAAGGACGGCACAGAGGCCAUGCUUGUGCUCAAGUAGCCCUGGAUGGGCAUAGGGCUGCAUGGACCUCAGGGGGCAGAAGGGCCAGAAGCCUGGCCAAGUUCUCCAGCCAGAGUUGCCAGCAGGCCAAUCCGUGGGCAGAAGAGGUUCACGUCCCAGGUCAUGAAUCACUGGCACCAAAGUGGACUGAUGGCUGGCAGAGAAUCCUGUGGGGAGGAGCUGGGAGCACCCCCACUCAGACCCCCACAUUGUGGCUCUGAACACCAAGGAGCCCCCUCCCAGGGAGGAAUGGGGAAAAGGUGAGCAGAGCUUGUUAGAUCGUGUCUACUUAAUAAAUGUUUUUUUGUUAUGAAGAA